CAGCAAGAGAUUCAAAUGAGCAUUUCGUUUUAAUUUAUUUAUCAUUUUUGCCCUAUUUAUUCGCCCAACGGUCGUGUGACUGUGCCGUGGACAAAUGUAAACAAACCGCCAGCAGUUUGACAGCUCAGCCAAAUCAACUGUCUCCACGUUUCAGAGCGCUCGCAAUCGGGCAAAACGGAACGGAAAGUGUUUUGGUUAGACAUUUCACCGAUACCGGGUCUCCCUCAGCUCAGACUUUGCAGCGAAUGUUUAGUAUCGCCUUUGGCACUGUCGUAAAACGAAUAUUCUCCGUGCCACGGUUCGUGAAGAUGAGCGAUCUACAGCGCAUCCUGUCCAACAACAAGGCAGCGGAGGAGCUGCUCGAGUCGCUGAAGCAGGAGCUGAAGACGAUAAAGAAUGAGCAGGUGCAGCGCAAAAUCACCGUGCUGCAGGCCGAAAAUGAUACGCUCCGUCGGCAGGUGGAUGCAUGCCUGAAGAAGCUAGUUGCACUGGAGGUAGCUCACGGCAAGGUACAGAUUCCCGUCCCGACACCGGACCAGGUGCGUGCUGGCAGUGGUCCAGUGACAGUGAAGAUGGAACCCGUUGCCGAACCACCGGUUGCCAAGGAAACGCCCACGGAAGCACCGGCGAAGGCACAAAAGCAGCAGCAACAGCAGCAGAAUGAAAGUAAAGCCCCGAAGGAAAAGAAACCGAAGAAGGAAAAACCAGCGGGCGACAGUAAACAGGCCGCAGGUGCACCGGCUGUCGAGGAACCGCCGGUCGAUGUGGGCCGGUUGGAUAUGCGGGUAGGCCGUAUUGUGGAAGUUUCACGCCAUCCCGACGCGGACAGUCUGUACGUGGAGAAGAUCGACUGUGGCGAACCGAACGGGCCGCGCACCGUCAUUUCCGGUCUGGUGAAGUACGUACCGAUCGAGGAGAUGAAGAACCGCAUGGUGGUUGCACUGUGCAAUCUGAAGCCGGCCAAAAUGCGCGGCAUUCUGUCGGAGGCGAUGGUGAUGUGCGCCUCGACACCGGACAGGGUAGAAAUUCUAGCCCCGCCGGAGGGUGCCGUCCCGGGCGAUCUGGUACACGUGGAGGGAUAUCCGCGCGUGCCGGAUGCGGUGAUGAAUCCGAAGAAGAAAAUCUUCGAAACGGUCGCACCGGACCUGAAGACGAACGGUGAGCUGGUGGCGUGCUACAGGGAGGGAUCGUUCGUGGUCCCCGGCAAGGGUGCAGUUAAAGCACAAACGCUGAAAAACGUACAAGUGAAAUAACUGCCCCAUGGGGCGGGUUGUGAAGCACAGCUGGAUGUUUGAAUAAAAAAAAACGUUGUUAGAACCUUGA